AAAGAGGAGCGGCGUUCGGCCCGACAGGGCCUCGCGUAGGAGAGGCGGACGCGCAGCCGCCCUACCACUCUUCGGGGCCUGGCGCUCCGACCCAACCCUGGAGCCUGAGCUGCGCAUGCGUCGCGCGAGCGGCCGCCUCCGCCUCUAGUAGGGCUCGCGGCGGGGUUGAGCGUCCGACUCCGCGGUCGGAGCCGCCCAGGAGCCGGGGAACCGAGCGGUCUCGUCUGAAGGGCGCGGGAGGGCAGGCGCAGGAAGAAGGAGCGCCGCGUCCACCGCGGCUGAGAAAAAUGGUGUUCGAGUCGGUGGUCGUGGACGUGUUGAACCGGUUCUUGGGGGACUAUGUGGUGAACCUGGACAAGUCCCAGCUCAAUCUGGGCAUCUGGGCAGGAGCUGUGGCCCUGAAGAAUCUUGAAAUUAAAGAAAAUGCCCUGAGUCAACUGGAUGUACCAUUUAAAAUUAAAGUUGGCCAUAUAGGUAAUCUUAGUCUUAUAAUUCCAUGGAAAAAUCUUUAUACCCAACCAGUUGAAGCUCUAUUGGAAGACAUUUAUCUACUCAUAGUGCCUUCUUCUAGAAUAAAAUAUGAUCCUUUAAAAGAAGAAAAACAACUCUUUGAAGCAAAGCAACAGGAACUGAAAAGGAUAGAAGAAGCAAAACGAAAAGUAGCUGAUCAAGAAAAACAUCAGGUGGAGAAACAGGACACUUUUACAGAAAAAUUAAUUACUCAGAUCAUAAAAAAUCUUCAAGUGAAAAUUUCCAACAUCCAUAUUCGCUAUGAAGAUGAUGUCACAAAUCGAGACAACCCACUGUCAUUUGGUAUUUCCCUUCAGAAUCUCAGCAUGCAGACAACUGAUCAAUACUGGAUUCCAUGUUUACAUGAUGAAACUGAGAAACUAUUUCGUAAGUUAAUCCUAUUGGAUAACCUUUUUGCCUAUUGGAAUGUGAAGUCUCAGAUGUUUUAUCUUGGUAAUUAUGAUGAAUCAUUGGACAGCCUGAGGAAUGGUAUUGCUGAUGAAAGUAUUAUUCCAGAAGGUUAUGAUUUUGUAUUUCGCCCCAUAUCUGCUAAUGCCAAACUUCAGAUGAAUCGCGGAUUGGAUUUUGACUUUUCUGCCCCCAAAAUAAGCCUGGAUGUUGAGUUACAUGACAUAACAAUUGAAUUUAAUAAACCACAGUAUUUCAGUCUUAUGGAACUUCUUGAAUCGGUUGAUGUGAUGACGCAAAAUCUACCAUACAGGAAAUUCAAACCUGAUGUACCUCUCCACUACCAUGCCAAAGAAUGGUGGGUUUAUGCUAUACGUGGUAUUCUUGAAGUAAAUGUUCAGCCCCACUUACGGAUGUGGUCAUGGAAGCAUAUAAGAGAACACAGGCAAAAAAUGAAGCAAUAUAAAGAACUGUAUAAAAGAAAGCUAACAAGUAAGAAGCCGUCUGGUGAACUUCUCAACUCUUUGGAGGAGUUGGAAAAGACUUUGGAUGUAUUUAAUAUAACUAUAGCAAGACAACAGGCAGAAGUUGAGGUAAAGAAAGCUGGAUACAGGAUUUUCAGAGAAGGAGCACAAGAGUCAGAGGAUAAUAAAGGAUGGUUUAGCUGGCUGUGGACUUGGUCAGAAUCACGUACUAAACAACAACCAGAUCUUAAACCUGGAAGUCUUGAAGAAAUGUUGACACCUGAAGAAAAAACUUUACUAUAUGAAGCAAUUGGCUAUAGUGAAACAGCAGUUGAUCCAACCUUGCCAAAAACAUUUGAAGCCAUGAAGUUUUUUGCUCACUUGAAAAGUAUGUCUAUUAUUCUAAGAGAACAACAACAAAAAUAUGAACUGUUAGAUAUUGUAGUGGAAGAAUUUAGCACUUUGAUUGUGCAAAGACCAGGAGCACAAGCAGUUAAAUUUGAAACCCAGAUAGGUUCAUUUCAUGUUACUGGCUUACCAGGUAAUUCAACAAAACCCCGCCUCCUGUCUUCAUUGGAUGAUGCUGCAUCACUCUUGCGAAUUAUAUUUGAGAUAAAUCCAUUAGAUGAAACUGUUGCUCAAAGGUGUAUCAUAGAAGCUGAACCUUUAGAAAUGCUAUAUGAUGCAAGAACAGUUAAUAGUAUAGUGGAAUUCUUCAGACCUCCAAAAGAGGUAAAUCUAGCACAGCUGACUUCAGUGACUUUGACAAAACUUGAAGAAUUUCGUGAUAAGACAGCAGCAGGUCUGCUGUAUAUUAUUGAAACACAGAAAGUUCUUGAUCUCAAAAUUAAUUUGAAGGCUUCAUAUAUUAUUAUCCCACAAGAUGGAAUUUUUAGCCCUACAUCAAAUCUGCUUCUUUUGGAUCUUGGUCAUCUAAAGGUGACAAGUAAAAUUCGUUCAGAAUUACGAGAUUUAAAACAAGGUGGGGCGAAACUUGAAGAGAUAAUGUGUAGAGCUUAUGAUUCCUUUGAUAUUCAGCUUACAAGCAUACAGCUGCUUUACAGCAGAGUUGGUGAUAAUUGGAAAGAAGCACGAAAACUCAGUGUAUCCACACAACAUAUCUUGGUACCUAUGCACUUCAAUGUGGAACUCUCUAAGGCCAUGGUUUUCAUGGAUAUAAGGAUGCCCAAAUUCAAGAUUUUUGGAAACUUACCACUGGUUUCUUUACAAAUCUCAGAUAAAAAACUGCAAGGGAUUUUGGAAUUGAUUGAAAGCAUCCCAAAACCCCCACCUGCAACUGAAGCAACUGAAGUAAAUGUCCCUGUCAAACCAUUUCAGAUUCAAAGAUCCACUUCUUUGGGAACAUCACAGAUUUCACAGAAAAAGUUUCCUCUUUUGGAAAUUCCAUGUGUUGAAGAUGAUUCAGAUGAGGAGUUUUUUGAUGCCCCAUCUAGUCCCUUGGAAGAGCCUCUUCAACCUCCAUCUAGAGUUAAAAGUCCUCAACAAAAAAAGCUUCAAAAGCCAGAUUGUUCAAAAAAUAUGACUGAGUAUAAAAUAAGAUUUGAAGUGCCAGAGGUUUUGAUUCAAUUCUGUCACCUUGUUGGAGAUUGUGAACUACCUGUGGUAGAAAUUAAUGUCUUGGGAUUGGGCACAGACAUUGAGCUUAGAACAUUUGAUUUGAAAGCAAAUGCCUUUUUGAAAGAGGUCUGCUUAAAAUGCCCAGAAUAUUUUGAUGAAAACAAGAAACCAAUUUAUUUGAUUACAACACUGGAUAACACAAUGGAAGAUCUGUUAACACUGGAAUAUGUGAAGGCUGAAAAGAAUUUACCCAUAACAAUGUUGAAGGACACCUAUAACAGUGUUGUGCAACUGAUUAAGGUGAAUUUUUCCUCUUUGGACAUUCAUUUACAUACUGAAGCACUUCUGAAUACAAUAAAUUAUUUUAAUAAUAUCCUUCCAUAUUUGGAGGAAAAACCAGCCCCAGUGCAUAUUGCAGAGACUGAAGACAAAGGAGAGUUUAUUAAAAAAAUACCUUUAAAAUUAUCCAAGAAUGAAGAUAUUGUUACCUUACAGAUUUUAGCAGAAUUAUCAUGUUUACAGAUCUUUAUUCAAGAUCAGAAACAUAACAUUUCAGAAAUUAAGAUUGAAGGGCUUGAUUCUGAGAUGAUUAUGAGGCCAUCAGCGACUGAAAUAAAUGCAAAGCUAAGGAAUAUAAUUGUUCUGGAUUCUGAUAUAACAGCUGUAUACAAAAAGGCUGUUUAUAUUACUGGAAAAGAAGUUUUCAGCUUCAAAAUGAUUUCUUAUAUGGGUGCAACUGCUGGUUCUGCGUACACAGAUAUGAAUGUGUUUGACAGUCAAGUUAAUUUAACUGUUGGUUGCAUUGAAGUAGUUCUUGUCACAAAAUUUCUGUAUUCUGUAUUGGCUUUUAUAGAUAAUUUUCAAGCAGGUAAACAAGCCUUGGCUGAGGCAACUGUUCAGGCAGCAGAAAUGGCUGCUACUGGUGUAAAAGAACUGGCACAAAGGAGUUCUAGAAUGGCAUUGGAUGUUGACAUCAAAGCCCCAGUUGUGGUUAUCCCACAGUCUCCAGUUUCUGAAAAUAUUUUUGUUGCUGAUUUUGGACUAAUUACAAUGAAAAAUACAUUCCAUGUGAUAACAGAGAGUCAGAUCAACCCCCCACCCAUUAUUGAUUUGAUAACGAUAAAGCUGAGUGAAAUGCGACUAUACAGGUCUCAAUUUAUUAAUGAUGCAUACCAGGAAGUACUGGAUCUACUAUUGCCACUAAAUCUUGAGGUGAUUGUUGAGCGAAAUUUAUCCUGGGAGUGGUACCAGGAAGUUCCUUGUUUUAAUGUAAAUGCUCAACUGAAGCCCAUGGAGUUCAUUCUUAGUCAAGAAGAUAUAACAACUAUUUUUAAAACAUUAUACGGCAACAUAUGGUAUGAAGAAGGUGAUAGUGCCUCAUGUGGAGUAAUAAAAGAUCAGUCUAGUGUUACUAGUGGUGCUACUAAUGCUUCACACCAUUCAGGAGGAACAACUGUAGUGACAGCUGCUGUGGUAGAAGUACAUUCACAUGCUUCCCAAGUUAAGACAACACUAAAUAUGAGUUUCAGAACUGAUUAUCUCACCAUGGUACUGUAUAGUCCAGAUCCUAAACAGACUUCCUUUACAGAUAUUCGUGAUCCUUCUCUGAAACUUGCUGAAUUUAAGUUGGAGAAUAUUAUAAGUACUUUAAAAAUGUCUACAGAUGACUCAACAUUUUCUUCCUUCUCAUUAAAAAACUGUAUUUUAGAUGACAAAAGGCCUCAUGUCAAGAAGGCAACUCCUAGAAUGAUAGGACUAACAGUUGGGUUUGACAAAAAGGACAUGAUGGAUAUAAGGUAUAGGAGAGUCAGAGACGGUUGGGUGGCUGAUUUAGUCCUUCAAGAAAUGUAUAUUUGUGCAAGUGUGGAAUUUCUGCUGACAGUUGCAAAUGUCUUUCUUGAGGCCUACACUACAGGCACUGCUGUAGAAACCAGUGUUCAAACAUGGCCUGCUAAAGAAGAAGUACUUGUACAACAAUCAGAGAAGUGGGAAAUUAAUAUUAUUAUUAAAAAUCCUGAGAUUGUGUUUGUGGCUGAUAUGACAAGAAAUGAUGCUCCUGCCUUAGUCAUUACAACACAAUGUGAGAUUUGUUGGCAAGGUGACUUUGAAAAUAAUACAAUGACCGCUGCCAUUAAAGAUCUCCAAGUGAGAGCAUGCCCAUUUCUUCCAGUCAAGAGAAAAGGAAAAAUCACUACUGUUUUGCAGCCUUGUGAUUUGUUCUAUCAAGCUACUCAGAUAAGUACAGAUCCACAAGUGAUUGAAUUAUCAGUAAAAUCCCUCACACUGAAGGUUUCACCGGUUAUCAUAAAUACUGUGAUUACCAUAACUUCAGCACUUUAUACAGCUAAGGAAACCAUCCCACAAGAAACUGCUUCUUCUACAGCACAUUUAUGGGAAAAGAAGGAUACAAAGAGUUUAAAAAUGUGGUUUCUUGACGAACCGAAUGAAGUUGAAAAAAUAGCUCCCACAACUGAAUUGGUACCCAAAGGAGAAAUAAUAAGAAUGAACAUUGAUUCUAUUUUUCUAGUUCUUGGGGCUGGAAUUGGUCAUCGAACAGUACCUAUGCUUUUGGCAAAAUCACGUUUCUCAGGGGAAGGCAAAAACUGGAGUUCCCUAAUAAAUCUCCACUGUCAACUUGAGCUAGAAGUACAUUAUUACAACGAAAUGUUUGGUGUGUGGGAGCCUUUGCUUGAACCCUUAGAAAUUGAUCAGACUGAGGAUUUUAGACCAUGGAAUCUUGGAAUCAAGAUGAAAAAGAAAGCCAAAAAGGCCAUUGUUGAGUCAAGUACUGAAGAAGAAAAUUACAAGGUACCAGAAUAUAAAACUAUCAUCACUUUCCAUUCAAAAGACCAACUAAACAUUACAUUAUCCAAAUGUGGCCUUGUAAUGUUAAAUAAUUUAGUCAAGGCAUUUACAGAAGCUGCCACUGGAUCUUCAGCUGCCUUCAUAAGGGAUCUAGCACCAUUUAUGAUUUUAAAUUCUCUUGGACUUAGUAUCUCUGUUUCACCAAGUGACUCUUUUAGUGUGCUCAGCGUACCUAUGGCAAAAUCAUAUGUAUUGAAAAAUGAGGAGAGUUUAAGUAUGGAUUAUAUCCGAACUAAGGACAGUGAUCAUUUCAAUGCAAUGACCAGCCUAAGCAGCAAAUUCUUCUUCAUUCUUCUUACACCUGCUAACCACUCUACUGCUGAUAAAAUCCCUUUAACAAAAGUGGGACGACGACUGUACACUGUAAGACACAGAGAGUCUGGAGUUGAAAGAUCUAUUGUUUGUCAAAUUGAUGCAGUGGAAGGAAGUAAGAAGGUAACAAUUCGCUCCCCAGUGCAGAUUAGAAAUCAUUUUUCAAUACCACUUUAUGUUUAUGGAGGGGACACCUUAUUGGGAACGGCUUCACCUGGAAGUGAAUUUAACAUACCAUUAGCAUCUUACCGAUCACUCCUUUCCCUGAAGCCAGAAGAUGAGGACUAUCAAAUGUGUGAAGGAAUUGAUUUUGAAGAAAUUAUAAAAAAUGAUGGCACUUUUCUCAAGAAGAAAUGUAGAUCUAUAAACCCUUCCAAGAAGCCAUUUAUCAUUAAUAUUGUCCCAGAAAAAGAUAAUUUGACAUCUGUGCAAGUGUAUUCAGAAGAUGGUUGGGACUUACCAUAUAUAAUGCAUUUGUGGCCACCUAUUCUACUCCGAAAUCUUCUUCCUUACAAAAUUGCUUAUUAUAUAGAGGGCAUUGAACAUAGAGUUUUUACUCUACAUGAAGGCCGUUCAGCCCAGAUUUGUACUGUACAGUUGGAUAAAGCCAGGCUGCAUUUAAAAUUACUUGACUAUCUUAAUCAUGAUUGGAAAAGUGAAUAUCAUAUGAAACCUAAUCAACAAGAUAUUAGUUUCAUCAGUUUUACUUGUGUUACAGAAAUAGAAAAGACUGAUUUAGAUAUUGCUAUCCAUGUGACUUAUAAUACUGGCCAGACAGUUAUGGCAUUUCAUAGUCCUUACUGGAUGGUCAAUAAAACUGGUCGAAUGUUACAGUAUAAAGCAGAUGGAAUUCAUCGAAAGCAUCCACCUAAUUAUAAAAAGCCAGUUCUCUUUUCUUUUCAGCCAAAGCAUUUUUUUAAUAACAAUAAGGUUCAGCUUAUGGUAACUGAUAGUGAAUUGUCAGAUCAGUUUUCAAUUGAUACUGUUGGUAGUCAUGGAGCUGUUAAAUGUAAGGGCCUGAAAAUGGAAUAUCAAGUUGGUGUCACUAUAGAUCUUAGCAGUUUUAACAUUACCAGAAUUGUCACAUUUACACCCUUUUUUUUGCUUAAAAACAAAAGUAAAUAUCGUAUAUCAGUGGCUGAAGAGGGAAGUGAUAAAUGGCUCUCUCUUGAUUUGGAGCAGUGUAUCCCCUUUUGGCCUGAGGAUGCUUCUAAUAAACUUCUUAUUCAAGUUGAAAGGAGUGAAGGCUCUCCCAAAAAGAUACAUUUUAACAAGCAAGAAAGUUGUAUUUUAUUGCGUCUGGAUAAUGAGCUUGGAGGUAUUAUAGCAGAAGUUAAUUUGGCUGAGCAUUCUACAGUUAUUACAUUUUCAGAUUAUCGUGAUGGAGCAGCUACAUUCCUGUUAAUAAAUCACACCAAGAAUGACAUUGUUCAGUACAAGCAAAGUUCCCUCUGUGAAAUAGAAGAUUCCCUCCCUCCUGGAAAAGCAGUUUUUUAUACGUGGGCUGAUCCAGUGGGCUCUAGAAAGCUGAAGUGGAGAUGUGGAAAAAGCCACGGUGAAGUAACACAAAAGGAUGAUAUGAUGGCACCUAUAAAUCUGGAGGAAAAGACCAUUUAUUUAGUUUCAUUCUUUGAAGGCUUACAACGCAUUAUUUUAUUCACUGAAGAUCCAAGGGUAUUUAAAGUGACAUACGAAAGUGAGAAAGCAGAGUUAGCAGAGCAAGAAAUUGUGUUGGCAUUACAAGAUGUUGGAAUUUCUCUUGUCAACAAUUAUACAAAGCAAGAAGUAGCCUAUAUCGGCAUUACAAGUUCUGAUGUGGUUUGGGAGACAAAGCCCAAGAAGAAGGCAAGAUGGAAGCCAAUGAGUGUAAAGCACACUGAGAAGUUAGAGAAAGAAUUUAAGGAAUAUACUGAAUCUUCACCGUCAGAAGAUAAGGUUAUUGAGUUGGACACUAACAUUCCGGUUCGCUUCACACCUAGUGGUACUAACAUGAAGAUUUUGCAGCCACAUGUAAUAGCUAUAAGAAGAAAUUACCUUCCAGCAUUAAAAGUAGAAUAUAGCACAUCUGCACAUCAAUCAUCAUUUAGAAUUCAAAUUUACAGAAUACAGAUCCAAAACCAGAUACAUGGUGCUAUAUUUCCAUUUGUGUUUUACCCCAUUAAACCUCCUAAGUCGGUCACCAUGGAUUCAGCACCAAAGCCCUUUACAGAUGUCAGUAUUGUCAUGAGAUCUGCAGGACAUUCGCAGAUAUCACGUAUUAAGUAUUUCAAAGUGUUGAUCCAAGAAAUGGAUCUCAGGUUGGAUCUUGGGUUUGUCUAUGCUAUAUCAGAACUUAUGACAGCAGCUGAAGUAACUGAAAAAACAGAGGUUGAACUUUUUCAUAAAGAUAUAGAAGCUUUCCAAGAAGAAUAUAAAAUAGUUUCAUUAGUAGAUUCAUCACAAUUCAGUCUCUAUGAAUACUUUCAUAUAUCUCCUAUCAAGUUGCAUUUAAGUGUUUCACUGAGUUCAGGUGGCAAAGAAGCUAAAGAUUCAGAACAACCUGAAGGACUGAUGGCAGUUCAUUCUUUAAAUCUUUUGCUGAAGAGUAUUGGUGCCACUCUUACAGAUGUACAAGAUGUAGUUUUUAAGCUUGCAUUUUUUGAACUCAACUAUCAGUUCCAUACAACAUCUGAACUACAGUCUGAAGUAAUAAGACACUAUUCAAAACAGGCCAUUAAGCAGAUGUAUGUACUCAUUCUUGGACUUGAUGUUUUGGGAAAUCCCUUUGGCUUGAUUAGAGAAUUUUCUGAAGGUGUAGAAGCAUUUUUUUAUGAGCCUUACCAGGGAGCCAUCCAGGGUCCUGAAGAGUUUGUGGAAGGAAUGGCACUGGGACUGAAAGCACUAGUUGGUGGAGCUGUUGGUGGAUUAGCUGGUGCUGCCUCCAAAAUCACCAGUGCUAUGGCUAAAGGGGUAGCAGCUAUGACUAUGGAUGAAGACUACCAACAGAAGAGAAGAGAAGCCAUGAACAAGCAACCAGCUGGUCUUAGAGAAGGCAUCACUCGUGGAGGAAAAGGAUUAGUUUCUGGUUUUGUAAGUGGCAUAACAGGAAUUGUUACAAAACCGAUCAAAGGAGCUCAAAAAGAAGGAGCAGCUGGUUUCUUUAAAGGUGUUGGGAAAGGUUUAGUUGGAGCAGUGACAAGGCCAACUGGAGGCAUCAUAGACAUGGCUAGCAGUACAUUUCAGGGAAUAAAAAGAGCUACAGAGACUUCUGAUGAAGUGGAGAGUCUGCGACCCCCUAGGUUCUUUAAUGAAGAUGGAGUUAUCAGACCUUACAGGUUGAGGGAUGGUACUGGAAAUCAAAUGCUACAGGUCAUGGAAAAUGGAAGAUUUGCAAAAUACAAAUAUUUUACCCAUGUCAUGAUCAAUAAAACAGACAUGUUAAUGAUAACCAAAAGUGGUGUGUUGUUUGUAACAAAAGGAACAUUUGGACAGCUUACAUGUGAGUGGCAGUAUAGUUUUGAUGAGUUUACCAAAGAGCCAUUCAUUGUUCAUGAGAGAAGGUUGCGCAUUGAAGCAAAGGAGCGGGUGAAGUCUGUAUUCCAUGCCAAAGAGUUUGGAAAAAUAAUUAACCUCAAGACCCCAGAGGAUGCAAGGUGGAUCCUCAGAAAGCUAGAAGAAGCAAGAGAACCUUCCCCAAGCCUCUGACAGAGACUGCUGCCUGAAGAUACACAGCAAUAAAUCAUUACAAUUUCUACCUUGUACCUUCUAAAACCUGUUUGGGAAGUAUAGUAUAGAAGUAAUUUCAAGUACUUUUAAAAAAAAAUCAGAAUCAGGUAAAACAGUUAUGUGAUUAAACUGUUUCAACUCUUUGGGGAUCCAUUUGGUUUUCUAACUUGAAUCAUGCAUCUGGUUACAAUUCUAAUUACUUUAUAAAGGAAAUAUUUCUUUUAUGAAUCUUAAAUAUUUGCUUCAGGUGAUUCUCUGUAAUGGUGGAGAAAUUGCCCAUAUUUAGCCUAAAUUUAAUGGAGCUAAAUGUAAUGUUCCUAGUUCACAUUUUACAGUUCUAUCAUGCUUACUUCAAGGUCCCUGAAUGAGUGAUGGGUAAAUGAUCAAAUCAAACAUUGCCUUAGUGGUAUCAAGAUAACCUUGGUGGUAGUUUCUUUAGAAACAUGAAGUUCUUUUUACAGAUAAAUAUUUUGGUAUGAUUUUCCUUAUUUUUUUAAAUAGAGAGUAGGUUUGAAUUACUAUAUGAAGUACAUAGCAUGACUAUGAAAAACAAUCUUUUUUAUUUUAUAUAAUACAGAUUGACUAAUACCCCUUCAAGCCUCAUCCUAAGAAAGGCUUGAAGAAAUGAGUGUGCUACCCAAAAAGGGAAGGCCCCUCUCAGAACUUUCAAGCCUUAGAAAUACUUCCUCAAGCCAACUCCUUGAGAUCUACUUGGUUUACCAAGGUCAUGUUUAAUAGAUUGCUGACCUUAAAGGAAAAUUCCUUAGGCCUUAACAAUACCAACUUCCUAUUCACUGGUGGUAUGAAAUAAACAAAAGUCCCACCAUCUUAAUACGAGUUAUGCUUCAGAACAGACAGCCCCUCUCUAUAUGCAUUUCGGGUAAAUGUAUGUACCCUAAAGUCUAGCCCAGUAACCUGUCCUGUUGGCAAUAGAUUGAGAAUUUCUGGUUUGCUUUGUCUACAAUUAUUCAAGUGAGAAUUACUCUUUUAAGUGUAUACUUGUCAGAACAAAACUCAUGGGCUGCACAUUAGUAAAGAUGUCAUGGGGGGUUUUUUCCUUGAUUUUUGUCCAAGAUCCUUGUACCUUGAUAUUAAUGGACUUUUUCAAGUGAAAGGGGAUGAAUAUAUGAUUGUGAACCAUGAAGAGAAUGAUGCAGUGUCUUACUUAGUUAUUGAAUAAUACAAAGUAUUUGAUGCAUGUUGUGCGUACCGCCAAAUUACUAUAAACUGUUUUUAGAAUUGGAGACUACAUAAGUCAAUGGUUGUGAAAUUCUCCUCAGAUUCCUUGCUUUGUUGUAAAAGCUAAAAUAAACAGCAUGCCAGACUGUAAUUGUAUUUCUUCCUGACGAAAUCUUGCUACUAAAUACUAUUGAUUUUCCUCUGAUUACAAAUCUCAUUGUUUAUUAAUAAUAGUUUCCUUCAGAAUUUUUUUUCUUUGCUGAACAUAAAUUUAAUCAUGAGAUGGCAAAUUUCAAAUCUCAUCAUAGUGCAUGCUCCCAUGAUGACCUUUGUUCAAAGUAACAUGCACUUUUUCUCUGUUGCUGAGCUCUGUCAAUUUUGCAUACGUUAGAAUUAAACCUAAGAGCAGAGGCAGUCAGAAAGCUUUUGUCAGAUUGUCCUCAUCUGAAAUGUUGUUUUACUGGAGUUCUAGUCAGUGCCAUUAGCCAAGUACCUCAUUACCUACUCCAGUUUCAUGAUUUUAUUCUCAGAAAAAUACAGACCCAUAACUCUUUGGGUAUCCCAUAGUAAAAGGGAAAAGUCUAAAAGAGUAAGGAUAGAAAUUCUUCUGGUAUCCUCUGGAGGCCAGGCGAAGUGGGUCUUGUAACUACUAUACAUGCAAAGCCAGUGUGCCUAUCCUUCCUGUUCCCUUACCAAUGAGAACCUAGAAAUAUCUUUCCUUAUUCUUUCUCUACCCAUCAGUCAUCUACCCACUAACACCUCCCAUCAAUUCCUGUUUCUAGAAUGGAAAGACCCACAAUUUCAAGAGCAGUAGUUUAUCAAUUGUCUUAGAAGAUUUUCUUCAUCUAAACGAAGAACAUAAGUAGAUCACUAGAUGCGUCAGUCUUUUUAGCAUAACAUUUUACAAUUUACAAUUAUGUGUUUGAUUCUGUAGUCUUUUUCUUGGAUAUUACAGAGUCCAUAAUCUUACGGUAUUUAAAAAUAAUCUACCCUGAAUUAUAUUUAACUGUGUUUAGUGGCUCUCUGCUUGAGAAUUGCAAAGUUGUCUUCGUUUUUUGGUAAUUGCUAUGGAAGAUGUCCUGAGUAUCCUGUCCUUUAUCUCUUUGUAUUGAUAUUAUGUGUUAGCUAUAGCUCUAUACCCUUCAUGUAUCCUGAUCUGUGAUUAUUGUAUGAAGCUGAAGGCAGAGUGUCUGUUCCCUGCCAACUCCUCCAGAAAACUAUGAUCCCUAGACAUAGCAACUUUUUUUUUUUUAAGAAUCAAUUUUAUUUAUUUAUUUAUUUUUGGCUGUGUUGGGUCUUCACUGCUGUGCGCGGGCUUUCUCUAGUUGUGGCGAGGUGGGACUACUCUUGGUUGCAGCGUGCAGACUUCUCACUGCGGUGGCUUCUCUUGUUGCGGAGCACGGGCUCUAGGCGCAUGGGCUUCAGUAGUUGUGGCACACAGGUUCAGUAGUUGUGGCUCACGGGCUCUGGAGCGCAGGCUCAGUAGUUGUGGCGCAUGGGCUUAGUUGCUCCGCGGCAUGUGGGAUCUUCCCAGACCAGGGAUCGAACCCGUGUCCCCUGCAUUGGCAGGCGGAUUCUUAACCACUGCGCCACCAGGGAAGUCCCUAGACAUAGCAACUUUGAUUUCUGAUACAAUAAGAAGCUUGUGAGGGCCUCCCUGGUGGCGCAGUGGUUGAGAGUCUGCCUGCCAAUGCAGGGGACGUGGGUUCGAGCCCUGGUCUGGGAGGAUCCCAUGUGCCGCGGAACGGCUGGGCCCGUGGGCCACAAUUGCUGAGCCUGCGCGUCUGGAGCCUGUGCUCCGCAGCAGGAGAGGCCGCAAUGGUGAGAGGCCCGCGCACCACGAUGAGGAGUGGCCCCCGCUUGCCGCAGCUGGAGAAGGCCCUCGCACAGAAACGAAGACCCAACACAGCCAUAAAUAAAUAAAUUAAAAAAAAAAGAAGCUUGUGAUUUCUUCACAUUUACAAAAUACUCUCUGAACCAAAGAGCGUGUGCACUUCUGCAGUGGCUUCCCUAUUACAGUAUGUAUGUUGGCUGCUUCUUUCCUGGUGUUAGCAAGACCUUGGAAUUUUUCGCAGGCUCAGUUUAGUACAGCUGAGUUAUUUUCUGGUUCCUAAAUAUCAUGACUAGCUGUAGGAAGUCCUUCCCUGUCCCUCUCUCCUCCAGAAUCCUAAUCCAUCCCCAAAUUAUCCUGUGGCCUCCAAAUAAGAAAAUCUUCUUAAACUUAUUUAUCAUUUCUAUAAAAUUAUCUCUCUCAUUUUUUCCAAUGGUAGUAGCAGUAAUAUAAUACUAUCCCAGUGAAUAUAUACGCACCUAGCUCAUCUCUUAGAAAGAGCCUGCAAAGUAGUAUCCUAUUCCUGUCUGGUAAAAAAUAAAGACACUACUCUGUGCCGAAUUUUAUGAACCUUAUUCAGUCAUUAGUUACCAGUUUUAGUUGGUACUUCAGGCCAAGCCAAAGCCCCAGUAUUAAAAAGGUUGGGACAAGGUACUGGGUUAGUUUGCCUGUAGGAACUGAAAGUGCACCGCAUACACUGAAGGGAGAAGUAGCUGUUUGGAAAUGGGCGUUUUCAUGCCCCAGCCAACACAAGUCAGAGAAAUCUGUUUGGGUUCUAGGGCCAUUGCUUUUACCUUUUCUCAAGAUCAGCUAAAAUCCUCAAGGACAGUAUUUUUCAAACUGUAGUUCUUAACCCAUUAGUGAGCUGUAAAAUCAGUUCAAGAUCAGCAUAUUUUAAAAAUAGAAUAGAAAAGAAAAGAAGAGAGUUUUGCGUGUAACAAGGUUAAAUAUUGUUUCCUGAAAUAUCGUUUCAGUUAAAUAAUCUAUACUGUGUGUACUGGGUCACAAUAUAAAACGUACUUUCUUAUUGGGAAUUGCAAUUUGGGGGGGGGGGGGUGGUGGUGGGGAGAAAACCCUUGGAAGCCAGUGCUGUAGGAGGCGUUUACCAUCCAGUGACUUUUGAAACAAUCUGGGCUGUGCCAAGCCUUACCUUACCUUAGAUAAGAAGCAACAGAUCCACGACUCAGGGAGUCUUUAAGUUGUGAGCACUGCCUUUUUCUUUUCUUUCUUUUGAGUGAGAAGACAGGAUAGCUCUUGUUUCGGAAAUGUUUCCCUUUCCUGGUGUGUAUCAGAUACCCUUAGAUACCUGUGUAAUAUGUCCCACUAGAUAUCAGUGAUCUAGAAAAAGCAUAGACACGUUAGAUCCACAAACAGCAAGCACCCAAAAAAGGUCAUAGGAUAUCCUUUAACUACAUGUAUUUCAAUCUCUUGUGCACUAAGCAUUCUACUAAGAUGGGCACAGAAGUUCUCCUUUUAAGUACAUUGAGUGUGCUCCAUCUGCCUUCUGUCUGAUUCACCAUACAGGUGGCAAAGGCAAAUGGGGAGCUUAUUCAUAGGUCACAAUCUUUUAGGGCCAAAAUACUUAUUCUCUGGAGGGUGCUAAAUAAAUGCCAGUGCUGUUUAGCUGAAAAUAAUUGGAUUUCCUAAUUUCUGUAGGAUUCAAGUAGAAAAUACACAUAACCUGAUUCUUUUUGCAAGAUUCAAUACAAAAUUUAUUCACUCUGGUAUUCUUUGGUGCUACCCAGUAUCACUGAUAGCUCCUUUGCAUACUAUAAACGAGGACCAUCCACCCUCCUGCCCAAUCCUUUGAAAUAUACUUUUGAAAUUAUACCUUACUGCUAAUGCUAUACCUAAUCAAGCUAGCACUGAUCAGUUAAAAUUUUUAGGAUUCUUAUCAUCUAUAUUUUUGAUCAUUGCCCAAAACAGCUAUCAGUGCAGACCUUUUCUUAUGCUUCUUUUCUUUCUACCACAGUUGGUGUAAAGCAGUACUUGUUUCAGGGCUAUCCUAAAAGGCCAGCACAAGGACUGAGAAGAUGCUGGAUCAUACUCUUUUACAAACCUUCUUCAUGUUUCUUUAACUGAAACCGUUUUUACUUUAUUUCCUCUUUUGUAAGGUAAAUUGUUCAAUGUCUUUUUUUUUUUUAAGUUUUGCUUUACAAUUACAGAUUAGUUCUUUUCUAAAAGCAUUAUGGCAUUUCCAAAAAACUGAUAAUUCUGGUUACCCAAUGAGCCAUGUAAGAGAUGAAACUUCAAAUUAUAUAGGUUGAUAUGAGUAUAUUUUUUAAAUUUUUAUUACUUUAUACAAAUCCAAAGUUAUUUGUAUUAUAGUUUAGCACCUGCUGUGAUAUCUGUCAACCUGAAAAUCCCUGUCUGUCACUGAAUACCAUUCACAUUCAUUUAGUAUUGCUCUGAUACCUUUAAUAAUGGGUUGCUUCUAACGAAGUCCUUGUAAUAAGAAACCCUGUAAGAGCAAUAUAAUAAAAAGUCUAAUAAUCAGAAGUGUACUUAAGAUAGAUCGUGUUGGAAACCCCCAACAUUUCUUCUAAUGCUAUCAUACCACCAGCGUUCUAUUGGCUACCCAAAAGUUUCCACUUUGGGAGCUGAAAAAUGUUCAAGUAACAAUGUAGACUACAUUGAAAUGUUCUCAAUGUCAAUAAUUUUAUACCCACACUCACAGACUAUUAGAAAUUGUAUGUGGGACUUGUUGCAAGGUCAGGUUGUUGUAGACCUUUUAAAAUGAUCAUCUCUAUAUGUGAAUAUGUGUAUUACAUAUAAAAUUGAAUUUUUCAGGGAAUGUGCACUUUAAAAAUAUUUCCUUACUAAUUUUUGUAUUGACCAAAUAGUCUUUGCUCCUUUGGAAUGCUUAUUCUUUAGCAAAAAUAUGAUUGUUGAUGAUGACAGUUCUUUAAAUGUCUGUUUCUGCAUCAGUGCAAUAUUUCCUUCACUUUUGUGUUCCUUAUACUUACGUCUGACCCGGUUGCCUGUUAUACAGUCUCUGCCUUGAUUCUGUGUGUUCUGGUAAAAUAAUUAAUUUAUAAACAGAAACGUUUACAGUGAAGUUCUUCCUCUUGAAAUUGAACUUAGUCUUUUUUUCCACUGAAAAUUGGUUGACUAUGCUCACCAAUGACUUUUUUCUAAAUAAUAAUUUCUUGCUAUUGGUAGAAUUGGAUUGCUUGGUCACUGACUGCCCAGUUUAACUAUGUGUACCUCUUUCAAAUAAAUUGAGUCAAAUAAAGA